ACACACACACAACACUCGGUGUUCACAGGUGCGUCUUGUCAGGAAGCACAUACCCGGAAGACUACAAGCGUCUCCGUUUACAGAAAACAAGAUGAUUGAGGAUCAGUUCCAGGAUGUGGUUUCGAGACUACAGUCCAAGGAGUUCUUCCAGUCUGACUGGGACAUUGCCUCGUUUGCAGUCUUCUUCAUCUUCAUUGGUAUGGUUCUGCUGCUGGUCAUUCUGGUCCUGAUCCGUUGUUGCUGCUGCUGCUGCUGCUGUGACAAUGACAAGCCUCGAAGACGGAAGGUUGGCAUAGAGAAUGUUGCUCUGGAACCCUGACAGAUGAACAGCACUAAUCAAACCUUGUGAAGGCUGAUAAGGCCAGAAGCAGUACCUCCUAGUUUGACUACUGUGCCAAUAAACAGAAUUUGCCAUUUUAACCAUCAGCAAGUUUUAAACUAGUAAGUAGUGAACCCAAUGAUUGGUUGAAAACAAUUUCUUUGCCAUUUAGUAAUUUGGCUACAAAGUAAUGGAAAUACAAUCGUUGAUCUUGUUGACUGUCACUCUAUAAUGUAGGUUUUAUUGCAAUGAUACCAGAGAGGCUGAAACAGCCUUGUUUUAUAACUCUGUUAUAAUUUCAGUUCCUCCUAUUUUGCUUGUUGAAAGAAUGUUUCAAUGUUUUACAUGUAAUUAAACAUAAAAACAAAUAUUUCACAUA